AAAAAAAAACCGGAAUCGCAGCGGAUUUUUUUCCUCCCCUCCUUCUUCUUCGUCGCUUCUUGUUCUUCUUCUUCUUGGUUGUAGUCGACCCAGAGGCGGGUGCCUGCCUUAGCGUGUGUCUGACAUUGUCCGUCUCUUCGGAGGAAGACACAAAGUACUUUCUCCUCCUGGUCCCCCCCCCUACCUUCCCUACCCGGUCCAUCGUCGUUUGGAAGAACCUGGAAGAUUAAUAAUUAAGCGUUUAUUUAUUGUGCGGUGAAAGAGGCAGAGAGAAAGCAGCGAGGGAGCGCGAAGCCACUACGAGGCUGCCAGUUUAAAUCUAUCUGUCCACUCCGUAGUGUACUGAAGGGGAUUUCUUGCUUUUUUUUUUUUUUUUUUUUUUUUUUUUUUUUUUUUUGGAGGGGGGGGGUUUGUUUUGGGGCCACUCCAAACGCUGCACACCCGCUGUCGGAGCCGUUAGGUGCUUCUUUUUUUUGUUUUUUUUUUGUUUUUGUUGUUGUUAUUGGUUGUGAACAUGAAUAAGCUAUAUAUUGGGAACGUGAGCGCCGAGGCCAGCGAGGAGGACUUCGAAACUAUCUUUGAGACGUGGAACAUUCCCCACAGUGGUCCCUUUCUGGUCAAAACUGGCUAUGCCUUCGUGGACUGCCCCGAUGAGAAGACUGCAAUGAAGGCCAUCGAUGUUCUUUCAGGUAAAGUUGAACUCCAUGGGAAACUUCUCGAUGUGGAACACUCUGUGCCAAAACGUCAAAGGAGCUGUAAGUUGCAGAUCAGGAACAUCCCGCCUGACAUGCGGUGGGAGGUCUUGGAUGGUGUGCUGGCCCAGUAUGGUGCCGUAGAAUGCUGUGAACAAGUCAACACUGACACAGAGACUGCAGUUGUCAAUGUUCGAUAUGCAGCCAAGGACCAGGCCAGGCAGGCGAUUGAGAAGCUCAACGGCUCCAUGAUGGAGAACUGUGCUUUGAAGGUGUCUUACAUCCCAGAUGAGAACGCAGCACCAGAGGGUCCUCCAGCAGGAGGUCGGAGAGGCUUCAAUGCCCGUGGACCGCCGCGGUCGGGGUCUCCGAGCCUCGGCGCCCGGCCCAAAGUGCAGUCGGACAUCCCGCUGCGCAUGCUCGUUCCCACGCAGUUCGUCGGGGCAAUCAUCGGCAAGGAAGGCGCAACAAUCCGUAACGUCACAAAACAGACUCACUCAAAGAUUGACAUUCAUCGGAAAGAGAACGCAGGUGCUGCAGAGAAGCCCAUCACAAUUCACUCCACAGCUGAAGGUUGUUCGAAUGCCUGCAGAACCCUAAUGGAGAUCAUGCAGAAGGAAGCACUAGACACAAAGUUUACUGAGGAGAUCCCACUGAAGGUUCUAGUACACAACACCUUUGUAGGAAGAUUAAUCGGGAAGGAAGGACGAAACCUGAAGAAGAUCGAGCAGGAUACGGGGACCAAAAUCACAAUCUCGCCUCUACAGGACCUGACCCUGUACAACCCGGAGCGGACCAUCACAGUGAAGGGCUCCAUCGAGGCUUGCGCGAGAGCAGAGGAGGAAGUGAUGAAGAAGAUCAGGGAGUCGUACGAGAGCGACAUGGCUGCCAUGAACCUCCAGUCUAACCUAAUUCCAGGCCUGAACUUGAACGCUCUGGGUUUGUUCCCUAGUGGCGCACCUGGCAUGGGUCCAUCCAUGUCCCAUGUCCCGCCUCCCGGAGCUGGCGGCUCUGCAUUUGGAUGCAGUCCUUAUGGGGGCGAGGGUCCAUUUUGGGCUUCUAUGAUGUCGGCGAGCAGCGAGCCCCUCGCCGUACACCCGGAAUCAGAGACUGUGCACCUGUUCAUCCCUGCGCUUGCCGUGGGAGCCAUCAUUGGAAAACAGGGUCAACACAUCAAGCAGCUGUCGCAUUUUGCCGGAGCCUCCAUCAAAAUCGCCCCCGCAGAAGGAAUGGAUCCCAAACAGAGGAUGGUUAUUAUUGUCGGACCACCAGAGGCUCAGUUUAAGGCUCAGUGUCGCAUCUUUGGCAAGCUGAAGGAGGAGAACUUCUUCGGACCCAAGGAGGAGGUAAAGCUGGAAGCCCACAUCAAGGUCCCCUCCUUCGCCGCUGGGCGAGUCAUCGGAAAGGGUGGAAAAACGGUAAACGAGUUACAGAACCUGACCUGUGCUGAAGUGGUGGUGCCCAGAGACCAGACUCCCGAUGAGAACGAUCAGGUCAUCGUCAAAAUCAGCGGACACUUCUUUGCAUGCCAGCUGGCCCAAAGGAAGAUUCAGGAGAUCCUGGCUCAGGUGAGGAGACAGCAGCAGCCCAAGCCUGCUCCCGGAGCCCAGCCUCCACUGCCCCGCAGGAAGUAAAGUCCCAGCGUGCGCUGGAGGAAACGGUGACUGAAGCUGCCUGACUCAUGAAGACGGUUGGCUGGACGGAUGCAGCGGAGUCCAGGGGUUAGACGACGAGGUGUUACGAACGCUCAUCUCAGGGGUCGAAGGUUAUUAGAAGCCUACCAAAACAUCCAACCCCUCUGUGCCUCACUUGAACGUUCAAGUAUGGCAAAGAGACCAACCCUCCCUUUACUCCUCCUCCUCCUCCUCCUCCUCCUCCUCCUCCUCCUCCUCCUCCUCCUCCUCUUCUCUAAACCUCCACCAACCUCACCUCUUUGCAUCACUGUAGGAAUGUAUCGGAGGGCUCCCAUCGACGUCACCUAGCCCUCACAUGUACGCACCCCUUGACCGCUCUCCUCCUCCCCCCAAGGGCGUGUCUAUCUUUUUUCCUCCUCCCCCAUUUUUUUUAUUUUUUAUUUUUUAUUUUUUUUUAAACUCUUGCAACACAAAGAAGAAAUGAGGAUCCCCCUCCUAUCACCUCUUUGGUGUGGUACUUUGAACCCGACAAAGAUGUUUUGGUUGACUUCAGAUUUGGUUGAUACUUUUCAGUAUUUAAUUGGUUAAUGAAGCUUUCUCAUGAGUUUUCUGGCGAAAAGAAAAAAGGCAUUGCUCUUACGGUCCUGGUGGGACCGCCAGAGGUUUAUUUGGGGGGAGAGUUGGCUCAAAUUGGUAGGGCCGUGUUUAGGGGAAAGAUUGUUUGAGGCCAGGACCCCUGAAGGGGUGGAUUAUAAACUGGGUUUCCUGCCCGUGUAAUGAAAGUGGCAUUUUAUAAAUUUGGAUGCAUUUUAUAGAUAGUCCUAAAUAAAUAGAUGAAUAUAUAUAUAUAUAUAUAUAUAUAUAUAUAUAUAUAUAUACAUGCAUACAUAAACACACCACACACAUAUAUCUAUAUCUAUCUAUCUAUAUCUAUCUAUCUAUAUAUAUAUUAGAGGUGAGGGCAGCGCUGUGACUGACACUUUGGGAAAUGGUGCUGAAAUGCUGCUGCCCAGGAAAACCAAUUUAAUAUGCAUUUUACUUAACUACCUCAGGAUCUAGUACCUCAGAAGAGAAAAAAAAUGAUUAUAUAUAACUAUAUAAGAAAAAAAUGUUCCUUUCCUUUUUUUAUUUUGCUUUUGUGGUAUUUUGUAUACUUUAUAAAGCUGAUAGUCUUUGAACAUUUUUAUUUUUUUAAGAAAAAAAUUUAAAAUUUUGGUCGGCUGCCAACUGACCCUUGCCUUCAACUCUAGUGCUUUAUGGUGGCAUUGUACAUGUGUGUGAGUGACUAAAAUGACCCUGUACAUAACGUCUAUUUGUACAUAGCAGCCCCAGAGCCGGAGUUGGCACGCCUCAGCUGGCGGCUGACACGAGUAACCAGAGAGAAUCGCCUCAGUUUUUCCCCUGAGGGUCCAACCAUCUCUUUUGAAGAAAAUUAUAAAACACCAUGUGAAUCAAAGCCAACCGUACAUGACUACAGCAAUGCCAUUUAGUUUUGGGAUUGACCUGAUUGGGAAUGUUACUUUAAUUUGUCCAUCAAAUACAAUUCCUUUCUAUGGUGCGGGUUAGAUAGAGCAGGGUGGACUCGAAUGCUUCUGUGCCCGCCCCCAUCUUUACAUCAAGGCCCGAACACGACCAGCUCAGCAAACUUAAUCAAGUCUACGUUAACGUCGAUCACUGCAUGGUGAGGGUAGGGGGAGUCGCACUGACGGAUGCAUUUUUCUUUUUAGUUGCUAUAGCGAAACAUGAUUUGAAUAUUCUGUGACCCACAAGCGUAACGUUUUUGUUUUAGUGACACAGACUGACUUGGGAGGGAUAAGGAAAGCGGAAAGAAAGACAAAACCUGACUAGAAAAAUUUGAUUUCAUUUGUGUCUUCAUGCCGAAUGUAAAUAUGUUGAUUGUGGUAGAAGUUGAGUGUAUCCAUGCUUCCACAGUAGAACGCCGUCUACCUCAGCUAAAGGGGGCGGGGUGGGGGUGGCUGUUGUGCCGCCAAGCGCACCCCCCCCCCUCCCUGUCCCCACUGAGCGCCAGCGCGCACGUAUACCUCAGCCCACCCCUCCGCUUCCAGAACACUUCUUUCCACACGGGCGCGCCAUCCUAACAUCACGCUUAACUGAGUGGCACAAGUGAUACUUAAAAUGACCCCCCCCCCCCUCCCCCCCAUUUUUCUCCGCAGUUUGUUUUGAUCUACCUCUUUAGACAAGUAUUUGAAGUAGAGGCAUUCUAUCUGUUAGAAUUUAAACCCUCUCCUUUCUUCCUCGCAUAUGAAUGAAAACGUAAAAUAAAAAUCAUGUACUCUUUAGAAUUGAGAAAAUUUAUCGAAAGUGAUUAAAAAAAAUUCAGUAUUUAUAUGUACUCUUUUUGGCUUAAUUGAACUCCUCCGACCAUCACCAUGUCUUUCUGCUUUCUCUUUUUGGUGGUGUGGCUUCCUUUUGAAAUUUUUGCUUUUUUUGGUGGAAAAUAGGUCAAAUCACCUAUUUUGAUUUAGCUUUCAAUAGUUGAUAUGAGGAAAAUGCAGUUUUUCUAAAGGACCUGCCUUUUUUUCUAACUUGUAAGACUACAAAAUAGAUACAAGUCCUGUCUUGUUUCCCUUUUGUCUUUCACAAAUGCUACUCAAUGCUGAUAUUUUUUUUCCUUGGUAGCUAUUUUCUUCUGUUAGCAAUUCUUGGCUGUGUAACACUCUUAUGGGACUGAUUUCAGGGAUUGGGGUUCCCCCCUCCUUUUAUUUGGGAAAGUGAUCUAACUACAGCAUGAAAAUCCCUUCUCCCCUGUCUGCAAACAUGCUUGUGCCCCUUCACCUCCCCCUCACACAGUUCCACUUGUCAAAUGCCUCUGAAUAAAGGACAAAAAAAAAUAAUAAUUCUGCCUAUCUGCUUUGAGUGACAUUUUUGUUUGCUGUUGUCUUAUUUUUGCCUAGAGCAGUGAUUCCCAACCAGUGUGCUGUGAGAACUCUUCAGGUGUGCUGCGGGAAAUGAUCAAAAUUCAUUUAAUUGGUCACAAAAUUAUUUACGAAGAAUAAUGGAUCUUUGUUCAUCUAUCCAUGGAAACGAUGUAGAGUGACAGACAACAAAUAAAUGUUCUAUUAGAUGGCACAAAAUACAUAAUUGAAUCCAUUUUUUUGUAGCAUUUUAGUUUGUAGGUGUGCUGUGAGAUUUUUCAAAUAUAAAAUGUGCCUUGGCCCAAUAAAGGUUGAAAAUUGUU